GGGGCGGCGCGCAGGUGGGCGGGCCCUAGCGGCAAGGCCUGACGGCGGCGGGAGUCUACCGUCGUUCCUUCGGCGGUGGCCCACGCGGUUUGCACGCUCCGCUGGGCAACAUGGCGGAUGAGGAAGUAUUUAUCUUGCCGAAGAAACAUAAGAAGAAAAAAGAGCGGAAAUCAUUGCCGGAAGAAGAUGUAGCAGAAAUACAACAUGCUGAAGAAUUUCUUAUCAAACCUGAAUCCAAAGUUGCUCAGUUGGACACAUCUCAGUGGCCUCUGCUACUAAAGAAUUUCGAUAAGCUAAAUGUAAGGACAACACAUUAUACGCCUCUUCCUUGUGGAUCAAAUCCUCUGAAAAGGGAGAUUGGAGACUAUAUCAGGACGGGUUUUAUUAAUCUUGACAAGCCCUCCAACCCCUCUUCCCAUGAGGUGGUAGCCUGGAUCCGACGAAUUCUUCGGGUAGAGAAGACAGGCCACAGUGGUACCUUGGAUCCCAAGGUGACUGGUUGUUUAAUAGUGUGCAUUGAACGAGCCACUCGCUUGGUGAAAUCACAGCAGAGUGCAGGCAAAGAGUAUGUGGGAAUUGUCCGGCUGCACAAUGCUAUUGAAGGGGGGACGCAACUUUCUAGGGGCCUAGAAACCCUGACAGGUGCCUUAUUCCAGCGCCCCCCACUUAUUGCUGCAGUCAAGAGGCAACUACGAGUGCGGACUAUCUACGAGAGCAAAAUGAUUGAGUAUGACCCUGAAAGGAGAUUAGGAAUCUUCUGGGUGAGUUGUGAGGCCGGCACUUACAUUCGGACGUUGUGUGUGCACCUUGGGUUGUUACUGGGAGUUGGCGGCCAGAUGCAGGAACUUCGGAGGGUUCGUUCUGGAGUCAUGAGUGAAAAGGACCACAUGGUGACGAUGCAUGACGUGCUUGAUGCCCAGUGGCUGUAUGACAACCACAAGGAUGAGAGCUACCUGCGACGAGUUGUGUACCCAUUGGAAAAACUGCUGACAUCUCAUAAACGACUAGUUAUGAAGGACAGCGCCGUGAAUGCAAUCUGCUAUGGGGCGAAGAUCAUGCUUCCGGGUGUUCUCCGAUAUGAGGAUGGCAUUGAAGUCAAUCAAGAGAUUGUGGUCAUCACCACCAAAGGGGAAGCAAUUUGCAUGGCUGUUGCAUUAAUGACCACGGCAGUGAUUUCCACCUGUGACCACGGUAUAGUGGCCAAGAUCAAGAGAGUGAUCAUGGAGAGAGACACUUACCCUCGGAAGUGGGGCUUAGGUCCAAAAGCCAGUCAGAAGAGGCUGAUGAUCAAGCAGGGCCUUCUGGACAAGCAUGGCAAGCCCACGGAUAGCACACCGGCCGCCUGGACACAGGAGUAUGUAGACUACAGCGAUUCUGUGAAGAGAGAGGUGGUGGCCAAAGCAGCGAAGGCCCCGCAGGUGGCUGAUGAAGCGGUGAAAGCCUCGAAGCGGAAGCGAGAGAGUGAAAGUGACGAUACCUCUCCAGUGGCUCCACAGCUGGUCAAGAAGGAGAAGAAGAAGAAGAAGGACAAGAAGGCCAAAGUGGCCCCGGAGAGCGCGGGCCAGCCAGGCGAUGGGGACAGUGACACCACCAAAAAGAAGAAAAAGAAGAAGAAAAUAAAAGUGGAAAUGGUUUCCGAGUAGUGGAGACCACUUUAAGCACUGUGUCCAGCUGGGAGGAGAAAUUAAUUGAGGGAAUGGAACUUAGGUCCUGGAAAAGGGGGGGGGAGAGUUCCGGCACGUUUCAGCUCCUACUGAGACCUUGGUGAUGUUACCUGGUGUGGUUGUCCACCUUGUCCUGUUUUAAGGAUAGGGGUGCAGGAGGCCGAUCUGCCACCACCCACUUCUCUGCUUGGGAGAGUUGAGCGGCCUACCCUGCAGACCGAGCAGUGCCAGUGACUGUCCGCAGCUGUUUCCUGGUGGCCAUUCUGACACCGGACUCCUCUCCUAGUUGGCUUCCCCCCUUCCCUCGCUUAAAAAGUUUUUUAAAAGUCUGCUCAAUGAGAUGGUCUAGAGCAAGUAAAAAUAAACUGAACUGUGUUGCCAUCGAAGGGAUAAACUUUUUUUCCCAGUGUCCUGUGAGGACAGUGGCCUAUUCUAGUCUCUGAGUCACGUUUUGUCAAUCCGCAUUUCCCUUCCAGAUGCCGGCCUGGCUGAGGACUCAUGGUGUCUGUCUUGUAAGCUCUUUGCUGUCUCUGGCUAUUGCAGUCUUUUGUGCGCUUCUUCAAGGCUUGUGUGUACCAACCCCUGCACCUAACUCCAUCAGGCUACUUAUGUUUGUGACAGAAGCCAAAAAACCAUUCCUCUCUUCUCUUCCUUCUAACCCUCAUUUACUUUCAAGAGGCAAUCACUCCUUGCUGGGAGAAGGUUGGAAUUUUUACUUAUUAAAGUUUACUUAUGAAGUUUUUAAA